AUGUUAUUGAUACCCAGUGCUACUAGGGGGCAGCAAGAAUCUCCAUCAAAAACAACCUUACCAUCCUAUGAUCCUGCUUGCUAUCUGUGUCCAGGCAACAAGCGUGCACAAGGAGCUCAAAAUCCUCAAUACACAAAUACUUUUGUUUUCGUGAAUGAUUUCAGUGCUGUCAAAGACGACCAGCCAGAAUAUCAGCCUCAAUUCAAUGAAAAUGAUCUUGCAUCGACAUUUCUCCAGGCAGAUGCGGUGACUGGACGAUGCUAUGUUCUUACUUUCUCAGCAAGCCAUAACCUUACAUUGGCAGACCUGUCUCCCGAAUUGAUCAUCCCAAUAAUCAAUGCAUGGGCCGAUAUCUAUAUCACUCAUCUCCCAUCCAGCUCACCUCUUCUAGGCAUUUCUCAAAAUCCUCUUUCGCCUGGCUCUCCCGCAUUGCAAAUCUCAAAGCCUGCUCGGCAAUACCGCUAUAUGCAGAUUUUUGAAAAUAAAGGAGCUGCUAUGGGAUGCUCGAAUCCACAUCCUCAUGGGCAAAUAUGGACAACAAGUUGUCUGCCUGAGGAGCCUAGCAUAGAGCUUGAGCAACUAAAGAAAUAUCGCCGGGAAAAGUUGAACAGACACAUGCUCGAAGAUUAUGCUUCACUAGAAGUAGAAAAAGGGGAGAGAGUGGUGUUUGAAAAUGAUACGUUUUUGGUGAUAUGUCCCUGGUGGGCAAUAUGGCCUUUUGAGACAAUGAUCCUCAGCAAGCAGCAUAAACGGUCUCUUACGGAUCUGGCAACAGCGGAAAGGGAGCACCUAGCUGAAGCCAUCGCGCAGAUCACAAGAAGAUACGACAAUCUUUUUGAGACUCACUUCCCCUAUAGCAUGGGAGUACACCAAGCGCCUCUGGAUGGUACUGAAGAGGAAAUAGAAGCUUCUCAUUUACACAUACACUUUUACCCGCCCCUUUUGAGAAGCGCAACCGUGAGGAAAUUUUUAGUUGGGUAUGAGCUGCUAGCUGAGCCUCAGCGAGAUAUCACUCCAGAGCAAGCUGCAGCACGACUGAGAGCUUGUGGAGGCGAGCUAUACAGGACACCCACAGAAGGCUCCAGUUAA